CUUGGAAACGAAAGUAUCCGUGGGCCCGUCGAUGAAAACACGACGUUUCCCUAGUGACCCUCUGUUUUGUGCUCCUUUAACAGUGUCGAGGCGGAAAUGGCCCAGUCUAACAUUUCUGUGGACCAGGAUGCGUUCAGCUGCCUACUUUGCCGGAAUCUACUGCUGGAUCCAGUGACGAUCCCCUGUGGGCACAGUUACUGUAUGGGCUGCAUCAGGAGCUGCUGGGAUCGGGCUGAUCCUGACCGUGUCCACAGCUGUCCCAGCUGCAGCAAGAGCUUUGCCGCACGGCCGCUUCUGAGCAGUAACAUCAUACUGGCAGAAAUGGUACAGAAGAUCAGAACUGGGAAGAAGCGCCAAGCCACCACUGACUGCCAGAAGCGUCGUGCCUCUUCCUGCACGCAUGUACCAUCUCGGCAGGACUCCCCGUCAGAGCAGAAGCACAGGAAGACAGACUUUAACAGAACACAAGGCGACGGCGCAUGCUGCCCUGAGCACGGAAAGCCUCUUGAGGUCUACUGCCAGACCGAUGGCAGGAGCAUCUGUCUGCUUUGUGUCAUCGACGCUCACAAAGACCACACUACUGUCUCCGUUGUAGCGGAGAGGAUAGAGCAGCAGAAACAGCUGGGGGUGAAGCAAAGAAGAUCACAGGAAAAGGUUCAGGAGAGGGAGAGGGCACUGCAGGAGCUUAGACUGCGAGUGAAAUCAUUCAAGUCCUCAGCACAGACAGCUAUAAACGACAGUGAGAAGGUGUUUACUGAGCUGAUCUAUUCCACGGAGAAAUGGCGCACUGAGGUAGAAGACUUGAUCAGAGCUCAGGAGAAGACUGUAGUGAGCCAUGCUGAAGGACUCAUGGAGCGACUGGAGCAGGAGAUUGCUGAGCAGAGGAGGACUGACAGUGACCUCAAGCAGCUUUCAUUCGUAGAGGAUCAUGUGGAUUUCCUCAAGAGAUGGGCAUCGCUGUGCACCCACCCUGAACUUGGUGAUCUUUCCGACAUCACUCUUGACUCACAGCUUCCUUGUGACAUGCUAAAAUCAGCUGUCUCUGAUCUGAAGCGGCAACUGAAAAAAGUCUGUGAGAUGCAAAUACCCUGCAUCUCACAAACAGUGAAUGCGGUCCUACAGACCCCUGUGCUUUGUGUUGCUGAACCCAGUACCAGGGAAGAAUUCUUACAGUAUGCCUGCGAGUUGACCUUUAACCCUGACACGGCCCACAAGGAUCUCUUGCUAUCUCCAGAGUACCGAGAGGUGAAACGGGUACAAGAGAUUCAGCCUUAUCCUGCCCACCCAGAAAGGUUUUCCUUCAGAAGACAAGUGUUGUGUAGGGAGGGCCUGUUUGGAUCUCGCUUUUACUGGGAGGUGGAGCUGAAGGGCAGCAAGGCUGAGGUGGCAGUUACAUACCAGAAGAUCAAAAGAAAAGGGCAGAGUCUUGCCUCUUCAUUUGGAGGCAACGAUCAGUCCUGGAGCCUGGAUUGCAAUGAUGGAAGUUACUUAUUUUCCCACAAAAACGUGAGCCAUCAAAUCCCCAUGCCCUAUUUUUCUCAGGUUGGGGUGUACCUGGAUCACCGCAUGGGUAUACUUUCCUUUUACAGCAUCUCUCCCGCUAUGACUCUUCUGCAUAGGUGCCAGGCCAAAUUCACAGAGCCGCUUUAUGCUGGAUUUUGGAUAGGAGAGAACGUGACUGUAAAACUAUGUCACUUUUCAUAGAAAGGGAUGCAUACAAUUAAAAGAAGAGAAGAAAGCAGAAAAACUGAAACAAAAGCUCUGAGAAAAGUAGUUUGUCAAGGGAAGAUUUUCCAUCAAAGGGAGACCAACAGGAUAGAGCUGAUGUAAACCAGUUUCUGGAACCUCUUGCCAAACCAGGCCCUGUUUUAUAUAUCAUUCAAUUAUGUUUAAACUCAGGUGGCAUUGUUAUGCAGCCUGUAGUGCUGCUGCCUCAAAGUGCCCGGGUAGUGUGAGAGAGCAUGGGUUCCAUCCCUCAGUCUGUGUGGAGUUUGCAUGUUUUCCCUGUGUUUGUGAGUUUCCUUUGGGUGCUCUGGUU